AUGCUGGAGCCGCCGGCAAACGGUUCGGGAACCUCGGGGUCCCCGACCCCCUCGGAACAACAAUACUCCUUAAGAUGGAACGAUUUUCACAGUUCGAUUCUGUCAUCUUUCCGAAGACUGAGAGACGAAGAAGACUUCGUUGAUGUGACGUUGGCUUGCGAAGGGUGCUCGUUUACUGCCCACAAAGUGGUGCUGAGCGCGUGCAGUCCCUACUUCAGGAGGUUGCUGAAGGCCAACCCUUGCGAACAUCCGAUAGUGAUAUUGAGGGAUGUCCGGGGGGAGGAUAUGGAAAGCCUGCUCAGGUUCAUGUAUCACGGUGAAGUGCACAUCGGCCAUGAACAACUACCCGAUUUCCUCAAAACCGCACAACUUCUACAAGUCCGGGGUCUGGCGGACGUGCCCUCUGCUGGCAUGCCCGGCAGUUUAGCCAACAUGGUGCCCACCAUGGGUGGAACAUCUUUGCCCAUCACGCGAAUAACUGAAUUAAAGACGUCACCGCAAUCCGCAAGUGCUCCAAUGCCAUGGGAAUUGAAAAAAGAAGAAAGGCCAGAAAGAAAUGAAUCUAGAGAUGACAGGGACCGAAUCAUCAUUAUCCGCCAAUAA